GAGAUAUGUGACGUCAUCAUGACGUUAUACAGUCAUCUCCAGGGAUCAUUUUGGACACCAUCGCUGGUGACGGCAGUUGUCAGGCCAGAGUGACACGGGACGCUGUCUGUUACCUUACUCGCCGCUCCAGAAUGGACGAAAACGCCCAAAAUGAGGAGCACCAGUUUGUGGUGGAUGAAGUAAGCACCAUCAUUAAGGAAAGUAUAGAGACGGUGAUUGGAGGCAAUGCCUACACCAGUGCCAAGGUAAACAACUGGACAUCGCAAGUGGUGGAAAAUGUACUGGGAAACUUAUCCAAGCUAAACAAGGCUUUUAAAUACAUUGUUACAUGUGUAAUAAUGCAGAAGAAUGGUGCAGGCUUACACACAGCGAGUUCAUGUUACUGGGACAACACAACUGAUGGGUCGUGUACAGUCCGCUGGGAGAAUAAAACUAUGUAUUGCAUCGUGUCGGUGUUUGGAUUGGCAAUUUAAGAUUCGACAUGUAAGAUUGACAAUGUACGUGUUUUAUUCCAAGGACCGUUUUAUUUUUGCGGCACCCAUAGAUGGUCAGUUGGUGACUAGCCACUGAAAAUCUUCAUAUUUUGAAAGAACUUCAAUGAAUUGAUUUAUGCAGAGUAAUACUAGUGUACAUGCUUAUGUAGCAUAAUGUGGUAUUGCACAACUCUUGAAUUGUUUUCCAUAUCGUUAAAACCAAAGCUUUUACAAUAGUUAUGUAACAAUUGUAAAUCUCCUAACCAUAACUUGCUUUAACUGUUUAUUAUAAUAUUUUGGGCUUUACAUGAUACGUUUAGAUGUUUGCAAAUGUGGCAGCAAUAUUAUUCGGUCCAUGCAUCCAAACAGUGCCUGUUAUUAUAUUGGGUGUGGUGUGGUAACACAUUUUGUGUAAUGUAAUUAAGGACAAAUUUGAACUUAGGAUUUGUAACAAAUUGAUUUUAAAUUUAAAAUUAAUUCAGCGAGCCAAUUGCUCACUGCUUGCCCAGAAAAUCGAGAGGAGCAGUAGUCAUGAGGGUAAUGAUUAAACGAACUUUGUGUAAAUAAGUAAUUUGUUCUUUCCUGUGCUUUUUAUUGAAGACAGUGCUUUGUCCAUAGGUAUUAGUGUUGUAAUACUAAUUAAGUACAUUGAUAAGAGUUUACUGUUGUGGAUAAUCUUGGAGGUCUGCUUCACAAUUAAAAUGGUUCAAACAUGCUUUCAUAGUAGCAUGUUUGAUUUUAAGCUACACAAGUAUUCAGUUGCUAUAUAGUGCAGACAAAGAAUAUCCUUCAUCAUCCUUUUUAAGUUCCUCUAAUAACCAUAACUUGGUUUGCUUCAGAUAUUUUGAAAGUUACAAUGGGGACUUGCCUCUGUCUGGAGGAGUCGUAGCAUAUUUGAGGCUCCCAUUGCUCAGCACAUUGAUAAAUUCUAGUUGAAGAAUCAUUCUUGAGUUAUUAUCUUUAGUGUAAGUAUUGUAGCUGUUAAACUGUCUGUGUCUUUUGAGUGACCUUGAAACAAAGGCAUGUAAACUGGUGGUGGCAAACUCAAUACAAUGUAAACUCAAUUACUGUAUUGCAAACAUCUGACAAUUAUAAUAAUUUGUAAUAGUACAGUAUAAGUAAUGCAAGAAACUGGGUAUUUUAGAUUAGUAAUAGAAUGCACUUCCAAGCAUUUGAAAUACUGUACAGUAUUUGUAGUGUGUACUUUCAUGCCAGAGCCCAGGCAUCUACUACUUGUUUGAGGGUGUUAUAUAAAUAUGUAGGGCUGUCUUGAAAACUAUUCACACUACUUUCUAUGCAAUAUUGGCAAAGCAUGUGUUUGAAUAAUUUUUUAUCCUUAAGUAAAUUGAUCUCCAAAUAGUUUUGCAUGUCAUUUAAAGAGCAAGAAAUGGUAUGUUUUUUUCUAUUACCUACAACUCCAUUCAGAUAAUAGAUAAAUCCAAGAUUAAUUGAAAUGGAGGGUUAUUAUAUGUAAAGCAGCAGGUGUUGAGGUAUAUAGUACAGUUGACCGAGAUCACCGGCACUGAUGUCCUCUGCUGCCAGCCAUUCACCAUUUAUCACUAUGUUCAUAGUAUACAUGAGAGUCGAUUCAAUUGCACUACAGUAUUUGCUUUUGACUGCUGGUGCACUAAAUAAAAUUUUCAAAAUAUUUUGCCGUGGAUCAAACCUUUAUUUUGUGUAUAUACAAGUGACUUGAGCGAAACUGUAAUUAUAUUGUUGAAUUUUCAAGUGCAUGUGUAGCUAAAUUCUGGAAUGAAUUAAUAGUAAAUAUUUGAAUAAGGUAAAUAUUUUAGUGUACAAAGAUACUUUGUGCUAGAAAGAGUAAGGAGGUUUUGUUAUUUAUUCCUGGUCACUGCUCUUAAAGCAAGCAACAUAAAUAUUAUGAUGUUCUUCAAACAUAAUUUGGUACUUUUUGCAAAGCCUUAACUUACCAUAAGUACUUGUUCUGAAUAACUGUAAGUGAAUUAUUUUUUAUAUAUUGAUAAUGAUGUAUACCUUUCAUGUACUUGUUGCCUAAAAUUAAAAUGUAUACCGAGUAUAAGCUAAGCUUGCCGUUUGUAAUAUUGAAUUUAAUAGCGGAAGGUUUGGUUUUACAUGAUAGGAAAUUUGAGUUUACAAUAU